GGGAGGGCGCGGAGUCGGCCCUACGUGCUGACGCUAAUUGUAUAUGAGCGCAAGCGGCGGGCUCUCGGGUCUUUUUUAGCGCCAUCUGCUCGCGGCGCCGCCUCCCGCUCCUCCCGCCGCCGCCCUGAGUCACUGCCUGCGCAGCUCCGGCCGCCUGGCUCCCCGCGCUAGACGCUGAUAUUUGGAGUUCUUACAACAUGGCAGACAUUGACAACAAAGAACAGUCUGAACUUGAUCAAGAUUUGGAUGAUGUUGAAGAAGUAGAAGAAGAAGAAACUGGUGAAGAAACAAAAAUCAAAGCGCGUCAGCUGACUGUUCAGAUGAUGCAAAAUCCUCAGAUUCUUGCAGCCCUUCAAGAAAGACUUGAUGGUCUGGUAGAAACACCAACAGGAUACAUUGAAAGCUUGCCUAGGGUAGUUAAAAGACGAGUGAAUGCUCUCAAAAACCUUCAAGUUAAAUGUGCACAGAUAGAAGCCAAAUUCUAUGAGGAAGUUCAUGAUCUUGAAAGAAAGUAUGCUGUUCUCUAUCAGCCUCUAUUUGAUAAGCGAUUUGAGAUUAUUAAUGCAAUUUAUGAACCCACGGAAGAAGAAUGUGAAUGGAAACCAGAUGAGGAAGAUGAAAUUUCGGAGGAGCUGAAAGAAAAGGCCAAGAUUGAAGAUGAGAAAAAGGAUGAAGAAAAAGAAGACCCCAAGGGAAUUCCUGAAUUUUGGUUGACUGUUUUUAAGAAUGUUGACUUGCUCAGUGAUAUGGUUCAGGAACAUGAUGAACCUAUUCUGAAGCACUUGAAAGACAUUAAAGUGAAGUUCUCAGAUGCUGGCCAACCUAUGAGUUUUGUCUUAGAAUUUCACUUUGAACCCAAUGAAUAUUUCACAAAUGAAGUGCUGACAAAGACAUAUAGGAUGAGGUCAGAGCCAGAUGAUUCUGAUCCCUUUUCUUUUGAUGGACCAGAAAUUAUGGGUUGUACAGGGUGCCACAUAGAUUGGAAAAAAGGAAAGAAUGUCACUUUGAAAACCAUUAAGAAGAAGCAGAAACACAAGGGACGUGGGACAGUUCGUACUGUGACCAAAACAGUUUCCAAUGACUCUUUCUUUAAUUUUUUUGCCCCUCCUGAAGUUCCUGAGAGUGGAGAUCUGGAUGAUGAUGCUGAAGCUAUUCUUGCUGCAGACUUUGAAAUUGGUCACUUCUUACGAGAGCGUAUAAUCCCAAGAUCAGUGUUAUACUUUACUGGAGAAGCUAUUGAAGAUGAUGAUGACGAUUAUGAUGAAGAAGGUGAAGAAGCGGAUGAGGAAGGGGAAGAAGAAGGAGAUGAGGAAAAUGAUCCAGACUAUGACUCAAAGAAGGAUCAAAACCCAGCAGAGUGCAAGCAGCAGUGAAGCAGGAUGUAUGUGGCCUUGAGGAUAACCUGCACUGUAAUAGCCUAAACACAACUAUUAUUUACUUACAGCCUUAUGUUUUUGUAUUUUCUUGAUAGACUCAGUAAUUUUUUUUAAAGGAAAGGAACUGAUAUUUUAAAGACCCAAUUUGUUCUACCUAGCAUUUUAACUGUAGUUUUUCUGUCAGAUAUGUUGAAUGCCCCAGUUCUCUCAUGCAUGUUCAUUCGUUGCUACAUAGUUUGGUUCUUCUGGAGUAUUUUUAUCAUGUAACUCUUCGAUUACAGUUAGGAAAAGGAGCAGAACUGUUAAAUGAAAGAGAUUUUUUGUUUUGCUGUUUUUUUCCCUGAAGAACCAGAGUAUUUUUUCAGCUAGUAGUUGAAGGCGUUUUUUUUUUUGCUUGCACCAGCUGUGCCUUUCAUUACUUUGUUAUAGAAAUGCAGUGACUUAUACUAAGACAAUUCUUCAUUUAAAAAACAAAACUUGUCAAGGCAAGUGUAUGGUUAAGAAUUUCCAGUACGACCACACCCAAUAACUUAGAUUGUUAUUGGAUUUUUGUAUUUUAGGUGACAUAGUUAACUAUAAAGAAACCUAACUCAUAGUGUGGUUAUUGGUUACCACAGGGAGGUGAAUAAAACCUAGUAUUUUCAGACAUUAAGCCUCAUUAUUUUAACUGUACUUUUAAAUUUAACCUCCAUUAACAAAGCAUCUUUUCUUUGUGGUAGGGUCUACCUUCUGCUUCCCUGGAAAGGAUGAAUUUACAUCAUUUGACAAGCCUAUUUGAAGUUUUUUGUUGUUUGUUUGUUUGUUUGCUUGUUUUUGUUUUUGCAGCCUAAAAUAAAAAUGUCAAAUAUAAUUUUAGUUCUCACAAGAUAAUGUCUUAAUUUUCUACUAAUUUAGGUAGAAGCAGAGGCCUAGCUUGAAUUAAGCAUUGUACCCAGUUCACCAUAUUAUUGAUAAAAAGGGUGCCAACUUUGAAAGAGGUACUACAUCUACUAAUAAGAAAGUAUAAGAAAGAAAAUCUUAAAUGAUGUGAUGUUUUUAAAAAGAAAGAUUAAAAAGUUAAAUUUCAUUUCUUUUGGUUAGAACUAGAGAGAAGACCCCAAGCCUCUGCUUAAUUCCAGUUCUUAUUGCUGCAAGUAUGAGCGUGUCAUUUACCCAUGCUUCUGUUGACUAUGUAUUAAAAUGGGUAGAACUGUUUACUUAACUACCUCACAGAUGUGUUAAUGCAUAUUGGUUAAAUUUUAUGAAAUGUUUCUCAGUCUCAUUAAAAGCUCAAAAAUUUGGACCUAUUUGUAUUGCAAGUAUGAUAUUCAGCAUUUUAUUCGUACCAGGGUUUGAUAAUUAAACUGGAAAACAAAGUAAGUACCUCUGUUCUGGAUCUGGUCAGGCAAUAUUCUCGCAGAUCUUGGUGUGGCUCCUGUUUUAAUAGAAGUGGAUGGAUGAGCAGCUAUUCCAAAAGGUCCAAGGAUUGUUUUUGGGUGUUUUAGUUAUGACCAUAUUGUAGUAAAUACUACAGAGAUCAUGAGACUAAAGUAGAAAUAAGACCAUUUUUAGGGGGAAAAUUGCCAUUAAAUUUGAGACUGUAGAGCCACAUUUAAAAUACCUCAGGCUAAUUACUGUUAAUUUUUUGUGAUGAGCUUAAAAGCUUUGACAGUGAAGGUGGACUAAUUGGAUUGUAAUUAGUAGAUAGCCCAGAGUUCUUGCUCUUAAUAAGAUUACAUUGGGUUCAUUUUUAGAGGUGAUAGAGCUUCCCUUCUGAAAAUUUAGUGUUAAGGUUUUGGAAUGUGAACACAUUUUGUUAUUUGUAUAGUACUAUCCAUUCCUCUCCUGAGAUUUUAAUUUACUACUGGAAAUCCUUAACCAAUUGCAAUAGUUUGUAGG